AUGGCAAUCUCGCCGUGGGCUGCGAAGACAAAGAAGAGUGAGGUCAAGGAUGAUUCAUCAGAGCCAUCUGCAAAAGUUCCUUGCACGCAAUAUGAAAAGCAGCUGAAGAAGAUGGAGGGAAACGUUGGUUUGGUGAAGGAGCUUCUUGGGCACAUGGCCUGGAUCCGGCAGCAGAUUCAGGGCUCCAAGGGUGAAACCGUGGUCCAUCCUGGGCAACUGAUUCUGAACACCUUGGCAUGUGAGAAUGCGGAGCUCACAGCUCAAUCGUUGGAAGCUUGGUUUCAGGAAUACGCAUCCAAAAGGGCAGCCAUGGGCGUCAAUGUGAUCUUCAAGGAAGCCAGCAAGACUGUGAUCGAGAGCACCAUGAACAAUGAUGUGAUCAAGGUUCCCAUCACGGUCCUGUCGCAGCAGGUGCCUGACGAUGGACUGCCCCUGAUUGAAGACAUGAUCACAUGCUGGGAAGGCAUGAUCUUUGGUGGCCUUGAUAUUGCCCGUGAACCCAUUGAUGUUGCAGUGUGGCCCUCAAAACAGUUGAACACGCAUGUUGACUUUUCUGAUUCUGACAGCUUUGAUUUGAAAAUGAUUGAGGCGGAUGUGGCUGCAGGACAGGCCAUCAAAGUGGCUCCGCUGUCCUUGAAAAUCAUCAAGGGCUACACAAAGACACAAUGUGUGCUGUUCACACUGCUGGCUGCAGCAGAUGUGGACCUCAGUGCCCCUGAUGCGAUGGAGCUAUUGAAGCCUCUCUUCCCAGUCUUGGAUUAUGCGUGGUUUAGUGCCAUCAUGCAGGUGCGGGCUGACCAGGGAGUCCACGCGAAGGAGCUCGCAACAGACCAGCGCUUGCGGAAGGUGAUUCAAGAGUUCCAAGACACCCCAGGAUUUCUGUCGAAAUGGGCCCUCGACGAGGACAAAAUCAUUGGGAUCCACAAUAUCAUCACCGGAACUUGUGAAGAAGCUCGGGAUUGCAUCCGCCAGCAUUUGAAUGCUGCCAAGUGGGUGCAGAGUGCUUUCAAUGUUGAGCUCCUGAGGCGCCCUCGCUGGCUGUUGGGAGCUGGUUUGAAGGGUGUCCCUGAUUGCUUCAAGAAGGUGCUCACAGUCAAGCCAGAGUCACAGAGGCUGUUUAUGAAGCUUGUGGUGCAGAAGUUCACAGAACGCUCUCGAAAGGUCAGGCCAAAUCAGCGGGCCAGAGUCCGUCUGUCAUCUGCCGAUUGGGACGCUUAUGUGAACUAUGCUUGUGUGCUUCACAGCGUCAUGGAGGAGGCUUUGGUUUCCCUAGCAGGGGCUGCUGUUCAAUCAGUGGAAGACUUGGAAGCCGAUGUGGAUUCUGCUGAGUUUGCAGCGAUCCGAACCAAGAUUGCGAUGCUGAUUGAGAAGUUCCUGGAGCGCCAGUGCUUCAUGGGUGUGGUGCCUGACGUGGGCAACAUGCCCAGCUCUGACCAGUUUGUUCGCAAAGCGGUUUUGGAAUCCCAGGCGCCUCCAGAGCACAUGCACUACGUUGCCUAUGUGGACUUCACCAAAUUGGGCACUUUCAGCCAACAGAAUGUCAACACCCAUGCCCAGAUCAAUUGGUGUGGUGAUCGUGGAAAGAAGAGCGUGAUCUUUCACAGCACCAUGUAUGAUGGAGCCCUGGAGCGUGCUGCAAUUGAAGCCCAGACGCCAGUCUUCUCAGUGUCAGCUGAUGCAGUCACACACAAGCUUUCUUGCAAGAUAGUCCGCAACACCCUGCUUGAGGGUUGGAAGAAAGGUGAGGCGAAGGGACCAGAGUUCAGUGUGAAAUUUGUGGCUGAACCACCAAGCCUUCCUGAGAUUACCAAGUUGCCUGAGAUGACAUUGUGCAAGAUCAUGGACCACAACACUGUGGCCAUUCCGUCGGACAUUCGACAGAGGUUUUUGAGGGAUCCUCUCAGAUCCAAAGAGUGGAAGGAGAUCUUGGCUGAAUUUGACAAGAAGUUUGAGGCUACCUCACAAGGGCAACCCGCUCAGGCAACCCCAGCAGCUGAGACUGAAUCUGGCGCCGGAAAGCCUGAAAGCUCAUGGAAAGACAUCUUUCCUGACAGCCCCGAAGAGCUCACUGUCUUGGAUGCCAUGGAUGUGUCCUCCACUUUCCCUUUGGGCAGUGGCUCGCUUGUCUGCAAAGUCAUUGAAGGGCCACAGUACUUCAUCUGCGCGACGACUUCAUCAGGAAGCUUUGACACUGCCGAAGCUGUUUUUUUGCACAAUGGUGGCACGUGGUUGCUGGACGGCAAGGCAGCAAAGGCCUUGCAGGACAAGUUUUUGGUUUGCGAAGAUGAGCAUGGGGCUGACAGUCAAGUUCAGAGUCUCAGGGCUUGCUUGCAGCAGAUCGAGCGUGAUGGUCUCGUGGAUUUCAAAUUGGGCGGUCAUUCCGCAGAUCGCCCUGGCCAAGUCUUCAAUGGCCACAGUGAAGACAUGUUCAAUGUCGUGCCCAAGGAGGACAAUCCAAUGGUUUGGAAACCCAAUGCGGUGCAGCUGAGGCAGUUGAAGUACAGCAGCUGCGCAAGCUAUGUGGAUGCUGAGAAGCUGACAGCAUCGCCUGCCUUGGAAGUUGCUGCUUGUUUCAACUGA